AUGUUCGAUGGUUAUUGUAGGUAAAUUAUGUAACCUAAGCGUGUUGCUUAUAACAAAUCAGAUUUAGAAUGUGGUUAUCCGAGAUAAGAUUUCUAGUUGCAAGGAUUACAAUGUUCUCUAUAUAAAUGCAAUAAGUACACACAAUCAUGCGUAUUAUAUUUGCAUGGGUAUAAUGGAUCAAGGUUAGAAGCUGUGUAAUAUGCUUCCUUUGUAUGCAAGAGUGAUUUCGAUUUUUGUUCAUUUGAUUUUUAGGCAGCUGGGUAGUCUGAAGGAGACUUUGUGACAUUUGGUUUAAAAGAGGAGGAGAACGUGGCGUUAGUGAUUCGACACUUGAAGGAGAAAUAUUUUCACAUCAUCUUGUGGGGCAGAUCAAUGGGAGCUACGACAGCCUUGAUGUACACUCAGAAGAACCAAAAUAUAAAAUGUUUGGUUUUGGACAGUCCAUUUUUGGUUUUGGAAGAUGUAGUGAUAAAUUUAAUAAAAUUGAAACUCCACACUCCAGACAUCAUCAACAAAGGAUUGUAUGAGUUGAUCAGAAGAAGCAUUGCAAAAUUGUUCCAGUUUCAAAUAAGCAAGGUCCAAUUGCCUUUACAUUUAAACAUCACCUGUCCAAUGAUACUGUUGGCAUCAAAGUAAGACCAUCUGAUUCCUUAAUACCAUUUUGAUUCCAUCUACAAGGGAUAUGUUGGGAACAAGAGAAUAGUGGCCUUGCAAAACAAUCACAACGAACAAAGAUCGACUGAUAUCAUAAAGACUAUCAUUGGAUUUUGUCAAUCCAUGACACCGCAAAGUCGAUUCAGUCCAACCAAAUAUCCAGAUCGUCUUUUGGGGGAUUUGGAUGAACAAAAAUACAUAGCUACUGGGAUUAAGAUCAAAUAGAAAAUCAUGAGAAAUUAAUCAGCAUCCACUCACACUAAGAAUUCAGCUUAGAUACAGAAGGAUAAAGCAUUGAUGUAAUUGUCCAUUCUUAAAUGA